AUUUAAUAAUUCAUUUCUAAAUUCAGUGUCAUAAAACACUACAAUAGACUUUCUAAUUGAAGCGGACCUUAAGUAAUGGCUGAGAAAGAUGCUACAAAUAACGUUGGCGAUGGAGUGCCAUCACGACCAUCACAACCAACACCACAAACACAACCAUCUCAGCCAUCACAACCAAUCCAGCCCCAACAACCGCCGCAAGCUCAACCAAUACAAUCAUUUCAAGAACCAGAAACACUGCAAUCACCAGAAGAAUCGAAGCCAACGGAACAAUCACAACCAUCACCAGAAGAGCCUGUUGUGACAUAUGAUAUGUCAGGAGUUGUGACUCCUGAACAAUUUGCUGAAUUUAAAGAAGCUUUUGGUCUUUUUGACAAAAAUAAUACUGGUAUCAUUCAAAGCAAAAAUCUGGUUCUCGUCAUGCGAUCAUUAGGCGAAAAUCCUUCUGAUUUAGAAGUACAAGAAAUGCUCAAGGAAGUGGAUCCAGAAAGUACCGGUUUUAUUUAUUUGGACUCAUUUCUUGCUAUGUUGGAGCGUCAAAUAAAUGAAUAUGAUGAGGAAGAAGAACUCCGUGAAGCUUUCCGUAUUUUUGAUAAAGACGGAAAUGGUUUCAUAUCACCUGAAGAAUUACGACAGAUUAUGAUUAACUUGGGCGAAAAAUUAACAGACGAAGAAGUGGAUGAAAUGAUUCGUGAGGCUGAUAUAGAUGGUGAUGGUCAAAUUAACUACGAGGAGUUCGUUACCAUGAUGAGUGACAAAGAUUAAAAUUUUAAAGUCAAUAUCCAAAUUUCCAUGAUGAAUGGCAAAGAUUAAAAUUCUCAAGUCAAUAUCCAAAUUUUAUUAUACAUAUUUCACGUCAUUUUAUAUAU